CUUGAAUGGUUGUGAUAAUUCUGCUGUCUCUUGGAUAGUUUUUGGGAUUACCUUAUUGGGGUCGGGGUCAGUUUGCUUGUUUCAUUUGCUAUUUGACUUUUGAUAAUCUCAUUCUUAUACUAUACUCUUUAUCUACUUACCAAUUUGUACUUUUGGUUACUCCUCACUUCUUUACUGGUUUCAACUUAAGGGUCAUAUAGGGUGUUCAGAUGUCAAGAUUAUGGUUUCUUUCAUGUCAUGUUCAUGAAUGGCUGUGAUGAUAUAGCUUCUCUGUGAGAGCUUCUAUCUAACACCUGAAUUGAUUCAGUUGGUGCUAAACUAGGAUGGUUUGUGUCAUAGCAAUUAACCAGUUUAACUGGGGCGAUGAUGAUAAAACAUGGCUGACAUAAACUUGUGUUCGAUUAUUCUGAGUAAAAAUGAUAGUUUCCUCAACAAAAUUUUAACUGAUCUUUCCCUUUUUGGGAAUUUGUGUUCUUGCUCACUAGCAUCCAUGUAAAAUCAUGUUCUGGUGGAUGCAAAGGACUGUUUUGCAAGUUAGUAUCAUUUUGUUGGUUUUGCAGUAUGUCAACCAGUUCUGUUGUUUUAGGAACAGUACUCCAGCCGUACUUAUUCUUGUCUUCCGUUCUUUUGUUUCUGUUCUUCCUUAUUCUUGAAAGGCUAUGAUAAUUCUGCUGUCCCUUGGAUAGUUUUUGAAACCAUUUUAUUUGGUGCUGGGUCAGUUUGCUUCUAUUUGACUUGACAAUUUCAUCCUUCUUUUCUAUUCUUUAUCUACUUAUCAGUUUGUACUUUUGGUUACUCUUUACUAAGUUAUUGGCUUCAACUUAAGGGUUGUAUAGGGCAAGUUCAGAUGUCAAGAUUACUGUUUCUUUCGUGUCAUGUUCAUGAAUGGCUGUGAUGAUAUAGCUUCCCCGUGAGAGCUUCUAUCAAACACCUGAAUUGAUUCAGUUGGUGCUAAACUAGGAUGGAUCGUGUCACAACAAGUAACCAGUUUAGCGGCUAAUUAUUACUCCCUCUGUUCACAAAUAUAAGAUGUUCAUGGUUAUUCUACCAGAAAUUCAGUUAUGGCGUCGAGAUGGGGUAUAUCUGAGCCAUUUACUUGUGCAUGUCCCAGUUUUUGUGUCCACCAGAUCAUGAUUUGCUCCUGAUAUAGUGAUUCUUUCUGCUUUCACCGAUUCUUGUGUGGUUUCUGGUCAUCUUUUGUUCUUUGAGAAUUGGCUUCUCUCCGUUAUUCUUUUUGUGGGAUUGUGCUAAGUGUUGUUGAUGGCGAUGAUGAGCAAGGCUCAUUCAGAGGUGUACUGUGAUCAGAUACCAUCGCUUGUUUUUAUGGUAUGGGUUGGGGUUAGGGUUUUGUGUGACUAGGUGGAAGUGUGCAAAUCAGGACAGCUUGCUUUCGGUGAGCAACCAUUUGAAUGCUGAAAUGUCCACGGGUUUAAGGACAUCUCCAACACGGAUCACUAAACUUAUCGGAUACAGAGUGGCUAUAUGAUAGACGAGCCAACUCUGAGCCUCCCAUUUUUUUAAUUAAAUAUGACCUCUCUUUCUACAAUUUGUGGUUAUGUGCUUAUGUAUAUUUUUGAAUAUUAUUGGUUUGGUUCUUCUCAAUAUAUUAAUGAUUUAUAUAGCAGUAUUGGGAUCUCACUGUAGUAUAUGUUAUCAUCUACGACACUUAUGAGAUAGCUCAUAGCAAACAGGAUGUUGAGCUAUUUUAUGCUCAGAAUGCUUUGAAUUAGUAAAUGCAUCAAUAGGUUCUACUUUGUUUGAAUAAAAAACAAUCAUGUGUGCCGAGGGCCCGGGAAGCAAGCAGAGGGUUUCGCAUCUCUUGUUCAAACUAUGCUAUUAUUUGCAACUGUAUGUCCUUUGUUACUUGCAUGUUCUGUUUCUUUGCCCCAUUUAGUCGUUCCUGCAUUUUAUUCAUGGUUUUCUUCCUUUCAUACCUUUGUUGUGUUAUUGUAUAAAUUGUGCUACAUUGCUCUUUUUCAUUCAUGCAUUUGCUGCACUAUGGCACCUCAGCAAUAAGAUACAGUAUUACAUUUCGUCUUUGUUGUCUUCAAUAAGAUACUGUAUCUAUUUGGUUUUGAUUCUACCCAUUUAAUUUUGGUAUACAUGAUUUAUAGCAGUGUUGGGAUAUCGCUGAAAUAUAUGUUCUCAUCGACGACACGUAGAGUUAUGCUCAUAAAGAACUGGAUAUUGAGCUAUUUUACUCUUCCUGCACUAGCUGAUGCAUCAAUAGGCUCUACUUUGUUUCAAUUAAAAACAAUCCUGUGUGCCGAGGGCCCUUGGAAGAGGCAGAGGGCUUUGCAUCUUCGCUUAGCUUUCCCAUUGAGUCGUUGUGCAUUUUAUUCUGCGCAAGGUUUUCUUCUCUUAAUGUACAAAUUGUGCUACAUUUCUCGAGCAUCUGCAUCAGCAAAGAAUAUAUAUACGUACUAGAUUUUUGGUCUUUUAUGCCAUUAUAUAUUUAUUUAGUUUUGAAUCUGCCCUUUUAUUUUGCUACACGGUAUGUCCAUCUAAUCUGCAGCUCUCCCCCUAUUUCUAUUUUUGCCUCUUCUCUACAUUGUAAAAAUUGUGCUACGUUCCCCUUUUUCAUUUUAUUUCCCUUGGACUCUAAAUACGUGCCCACAUCUGGGGAUUUCAGGUCGCCAUGGUCGCCGACCAGCUCCUUGAUCAGAACGUGAUGGCCGCCGACGAGCUCCGUGAUCAGAUCACGCUGGCGCCCGAGAAACUCCCUGUUCCUAACCCAGCGCCUUCCGCCUGCUCCACCAACAACUGUCUGCGGGGGCUUGCACAGGUUUCGCCAUAUCAUCUUGGAUACUGUGUUUGAGGAAGUUGGCCUUCCAUCAGCUGCCUACUCUGCACCGAGCUCCUCUUCCAGUUCAGGCAACACCAUGGCUGAUGGAUCCUCCGCAAUGGCAACCUCGUUCGUGAACGUCCCGAUAGAUGAUGGGCUGCUGAUCAAGAACCUUCCUCCGCUGUCUCCAAUCCACGUCACCAUCAGCAAGCAAUUCAUUCUUGAACGAGCAAUUGAAACAAUUGGUGGCACACUCCAUCCAUUCACUUUUACCGGUACAAGCAGCGAUGAUGUCGACGUCUCUCUCUCCAUUGACCUACCUCCCCACAGCAAAAGCAUGUCAAGCACAAGAAAGGAAUUCCAUGCCCCACACAUCGAAUCUACAUGUGUUGCUGCCCUCGCGUACCUACAGAAAACAGGUAUAGUCACAAUCGAUGAUGCAAACUUUGCAGAGCUGAAAAUAUGCAAAAGGAAACUUCAGGCUGUGGAGUUCUGGUCCUCGACUCUCUAUGAUAAGGCCAAUGCCCUGGGCAACCAGCUCUCUUUACUGACUGCCGCCAAGCAGAAACCCCAGCCUGAGGAUAAACAAGGAGCUGCUGUGUUGCCUCCUAACCAUCAUAAUACUCCACAGACCAGCCAGAAAGUGCUUUCCGAGCAUGCCACUGGAAGGGAAACCACAUCAACCCCUGUCACAGAAACAAACAAUAGGUUCGUGCGAGGUAGUCCCUAUGAAGUACAUCGACAAGCUGGAUGGAUUACGGCGCCUAUUAGUAUGCUUAGUAAUAAUGACUCCUUAGUUGACAAUGUUUAUUAUGUUCCUGCCCUUAUUACCUUCUCUUAUGUGUUCUCGCUUUUGGUAUUGAACCUGAUGUCAAAUGGCUAUCUUUUGUGGUCAUGUAAACGCACCAAGUUUGAUUCUGCCUUAUAAACCAAUGUUUAUCUUGUGCUCCA